GUGCAGCGGUGGCGGUGACGUCCGCCGGUGGCCACGGCUUCGACGCGCAUUUGCGCGGGCCAAGCUUCGUGAUGGAGCCGCCGUCGAGGAUGGAAUUUUCGAAUUCGAGCGGCGCCUGGCUGGACUGCAGCGCGACAGGAAGCCCACCGCCCAACAUCGAUUGGUCGACCGCGGACGGACAUCCGGUGAACGACGUACCGGGGGUGCGGAGGGUGCUGAGGAACGGCACGUUGGUCCUUUUACCAUUUCCGGCGGCCGCGUUCCGGCAGGAUGUGCACAGCGCGGCCUAUAGAUGCGUGGCCAGCAAUUCCGUCGGCAGGGUGCUCAGCCGCGACGUCCAGGUCAGAGCAGUGGUAGCCCAGGCGUACAAAGUCGACGUGGAGGUGAUCGGAGGUGCAUCGAGGGGCUGCACGGCAGUGUUGCGAUGCGUAGUUCCGAGCUUCGUGAAAGAUCUGGUGCGCGUCGUGUCCUGGCUGCAGGAGCCAUCGUUCUACAUUUAUCCUUCAUUGCAAGGAGCGGCAGAUAGCAAUAAAAGCCCAAGGGACAUUCCACGGGCACAGAUGCAGCAACAGAGGGCCAAUAGGUGGGCGAAAGGCACCAAGCAAGAAGAAUUAUACGGCCACGUUCGUGUGGUGGAACAGAAAGGCGAAAGAGGACGACGUUACGUAGAGGAGGAGGAUAGAUGCAGAGAUGGCAGAGGUUCCGGGGGCGAUUUUCACGUGGGUAGAGGUUUGCACGAAGUAUUAUGCUCGGGUGGUGGCAUUGCUUACUGGGAC